AUGGGCGCCCAACAGUCGAGACCCUCGGCAUCUCGAGCGCACGACGAGGCCGUGGUUGAUGGUCUGCGCAAGAUGAGACUUGAACGGGCAGAGGGCUCUGGCGAGGAGAACGAGAAGAGCGGCGGGUUUGCCCGUGAGGCAGAGCCUUUGCCGCUCGACGCCGUGUCUCGGCUGCCUCGUACGAUUUUGGAGGAUCCCCAAAACAGGCUUGCUCUCUCGACUCUGAGCUCGGCGAACCCCCGGACGGCUCUGACCUCGCGGGCCUCCAAGAUUGCCAACCUUCACGUUUUCAACACCAGGAUCCCCUUUGAGGGCGCGCCCAUUACGAACCAGCGCUCGAGUGGGCGAUGCUGGCUGUUUGCCUCUACCAAUGUGUUCCGCGUGGCCAUGAUGCAGCGGUACAGUCUCGACUCGUUUGAGCUAUCCCAGGGCUACCUUUACUACUAUGACAAGCUCGAGAAAACCAACUGGUUCCUCGAGCAAAUCAUCGACACGUGCGGCGAGGACCUGGAGGGCCGGCUCGUCCAGAGGCUCCUGGACGAUCUCAUCUCCGACGGUGGCCAGUGGGACAUGGCGUACAACCUGGUUGACAAGUACGGUCUUGUUCCUCAGACGUUAUACCCCGAUAGCUGGAACGCCCAGAACUCGAGCAUUCUCAACACGGUCCUCAAGACGAAGCUGCGCGAGUGCGCUCUCCGCUUGCGCAGGGCCAUUGCCGCCGGCCAGGCGCCCGGUGUCAUUUCCGCCAUGAAAAUCCUGUACAUGCAGGAUGUCCAGAAGAUCGUGACGCUCCUCCUCGGGCCGACGCCCAACCCAACCGAGGAGUUCACGUGGACGUACGCCGACAAGGACAACAGAGUCCACUCUCUCGCCAUCACCCCCAAGGACUUUGCCAAGAACAUCACCAGCUCCGGCUUCCAAAUCAACGCCAACACCAUCUCGGACAUGGUCUCUCUCGUCAACGACCCUCGUAACGACUUCAUGACCCGCCUCACCGUCGACAGGCUCGGCAACGUCGUCGGCGGCCGAGACGUCACCUACAUCAAUGUCGACAUGAGGACACUCAAGCAGGCCUGCGUGAGGAUGAUCAGGGCCGGGAUGCCAGUCUUCUUUGGCUGCGACGUGGGCAAGUUCAGCGACAAAUCUUCUGGAGUCAUGGACCUCCACGUCUCUGACUACGAGGUCGGCAUCGGCACCGACUUGCUCGGCAUGACCAAGGAGCAGAGAUUGCGCGCCGGCGAGAGUCUGAUGACGCACGCCAUGGUCUUGACGGCGGUCCACUUGGAUGACAAGACGGGGCAGCCGGUGCGGUGGAGGGUGCAGAACAGUUGGGGCUCGGAGAAUGUAGGCGACAAAGGCUGGUUUGUCAUGACGGACGAGUGGAUGGACGAGUUUGUUUACCAGGCCGUCGUUGAUCGCCGGUUUCUGAGCAAGCAAGUCAGAGACGUGGCUGGACAGGAGCCGACGGUUUUGCCAUUGUGGGAUCCCAUGGGCUCCUUGGCCUAG